AUGCUGCAAAGGUCCCGCGAGAGAGGAGUCUGGCUCAACUCUGAGAAGAGCACAGUCGGUGCUACAGAGGUCAGCUACUUCGGACAUCUUCUCACAGCUAAUGGAAUCAAGCCAGAUCCACAGAAGAUCUCAGCAAUAAAAGAAAUGGAGCCACCAAAGAACUGCGCGGAGCUGGAAACAGUGCUUGGCAUGGUCAACUACUUAGCCAAGUUCGCACCCAGCCUCUCCAAUGCUAAUGCACCCCUGCGUCAACUGCUAAAGCGGUCCAGUGAGUUUCUCUGGGACAAGCAACACGACAUUGCUUUCCAGAAUGUGAAAGAAUUGAUCACGAGAGAACCAGGACCAAUCCUUGCCUACUACGACCCCAACAAAGAGCUCAGAUUCAAGUGGACGCGUCGAAGUAUGGACUAG